CACGCACACAUUUCCUCACGACGUAUAACGUAACUUCCUGUAUAAAUACACUGUCCCCAACCCUAUGUUCGUGACGGCCCAUCGCUAUCACCUCACUUCCGAUCUGGAGUCCUCCUCAGAUGCGGCUGUAUGUCCACCACAAUGCCUUCAGACCCUUUGCCACCCUCGAAUCACCAUUCUCCGCCGCCCCCAACGUCCCCUGCGAUCUUCUCUUUAACCAAGAAACCCAUUCGUACCCGCUCUGUUUGGGCCAACAACCUGGAGUCCGAAUUCGUCUUGAUUCGCAACCUCAUCGACGAUUACCCGUUUGUAUCCAUGGAUACGGAGUUUCCCGGCGUGGUUUUCCGACGCGAUCUCCGUUGCCGGGACCCCGAUGAGCAUUACAGGACUCUCAAGUCCAAUGUGGACGCGCUUAAGCUCAUCCAAGUGGGGAUCACUCUCACUGAUGCUUCUGGAAACCUUCCGGACCUUUGCUCACCCUUCCGCUACAUCUGGGAGUUUAACUUCUGUGACUUUGAUAUUGGGCGUGAUGAUCACGCACCUGGAUCUAUUGAGCUUCUCCGUCAGCAGGGGAUAGAUUUCCACAAGACUCAAGCUUUAGGAGCGGAUACCACCCGCUUUGCCGAGCUGAUGAUGUCUUCCGGCCUUGUCUGCAACGAUGAUGUCACUUACAUCACAUUUCAUAGUGGCUAUGACUUUGGUUACCUUAUUAAGGCACUCAAGGGAUGCGACCUACCCUGUACGCUUGGUGAAUUCCAUGAAUUGCUCAGUGUGUUAUUUGGAAACAAGGUUUAUGAUGUGAAACACUUGAUGAAUUUCUGUUCGAACCUCCAUGGUGGGUUGGACCGUGUUGCCAGUAUGCUUGAGCUCAGAAGGGCUGUUGGGAAAUGCCACCAAGCUGGAUCAGAUAGCUUGCUUACGUGGCAUGCAUUCCAGAAGAUCAAGAAGGAUUACUUUGAGGACACAGAGUCCCUUACUCAGAAUUAUGCUGGCGUUCUUUAUGGGUUAGAGAUCCUCUCUCCUUAGGCUCUCUAGAUGUAGAGUCUUCCGUUGAUAUUUCCAUGUUAUUUGUACAAUACAUUUCCUUGAACUUAAAACUUACAUUUUAGCUUUUCUUCCUAUUACCGAUGGUCCUGCAUUUUGUAGAUCUUCAUGCUAGUGCAUUUGUUAUGUUUGAUUCUGAUUUAACAUUUAACUGAGAUCUUUCUUUAGAUUCUCCUGUUGUCUAGGGAUAUAUAUAUGGUGUAGUUGAAUUGUAAAUAAUAAAAUCUCAUAUUUAAUUGGCAUCUAAUCUCAAUCAUUUUUCGUUCAA